AUCAGGCAGCAAACAGGUACUUCUCUCUCAACACUGACAGCAACAGUUUAAUAGUCCAGAACCACUUGGAUCUGAGUUCCCAAACUUACAGUUUCCUGUUUGCAAGUGCUGUUAGUUCCUGACACUUCCAAAACUGGCUUCAUAUCAAAUCUUAUGGAAAGCUUUUCUUUGAGCUGAAGAAAGCCUAAAAAGCACAAAUUAACUUUAAAUGAACUAAAGCUCUGUCAACUAAUUAGCAUAAGGGAAAUCCUAAACAUCAGAAUAGAAGAUGAGCCUCCUCAAAGAGCGUAAACCAAAAAAACCUCAUUAUAUCCCCAGACCACCAGGAAAACCAUUUAAAUACAAGUGCUUUCAGUGCCCCUUUACCUGCAAUGAGAAAUCACAUCUUUUUAACCAUAUGAAGUAUGGGCUGUGCAAAAACUCAAUUACGUUGGUGACAGAACAAGAUCGUGUUAUCAAAUGUUCAAAGACAAAUUCUUCGGAGUCUAAGCAGAUCAGUCAGGCAGACUCUGCAACCAAACCAACUUCUUCUAAAGCCCUCUCAAAUUUUGAUUCUAAACCUCAAUAUGCAUUUGCCAAAGAUGACUCCAAGGAAAAUAUGGAAGUUCAAAACCAAAUGACAAAUAUAUCAGUGCAUGGACCAAAACCAUCCACUGAAAAAGAAUUAACUCUUAUCAGUAAUGAAGAAGAAAGUACACUCAAUGUGCAGUGUGGUCUUGAAGGCGUCGUAAGACCUUCUGCAUUUGUUCCAGUGGGAGAGCAUCGGCACAAUAAGGACAAUGAUGAUAUAACUCAAUUAACUUCUCUUUCCGAUUCAAAUAAAGGCUCUUCUUUUCAAACAAAGUCAGCCUUUCAUGCUCCAAAUAAUCUCUGGAAAACAGGUGCCACAAUUAUUACUCCAGAGUUAACUCAUAAAAUUGCACCUGCAAAAGGCUUCACUUCCAUUCCAUCUUAUGUACAACCCAUGAUUCCAGAGUAUUCACCUUCGUUGUAUGAACACGGAUUAGCUAUCUAUGCGCCUUACUUCCUAUCAGGAAACUCUCAUGAGUGUGAAAGUUCAGUGUUGUCUGUCUACAGCUCACAAGAUCAAAGACAUUUUCUUCCUCAUCCAGGACCACUUCCUAAACCAAUAAAUCCAGCAACAUAUGAACACUACCGUUUAUUUCAGCAGUAUCAUCCAAAUCUUUCAGUGCCAUAUGGAUUUUGUAGACCAACAGAAUCAGCAUUUUACAGGCUACCACACAUUGCAGAUAUUAACAGAGACACAAAUUCUCAUUUAAUGGAUGAAACAACUUUGCUAUAUCCACAUUCUUCAAGUCCAGCCAGGUUAUCAUCACAAAAUUCUCAUAAAAAAACAGCUGACUAUGAAAAAGAAAUCCCUAUGCUGCAUGCCAAAGGUCAUUCCAAAGAAGAACAAAAUGAAAGAGAAAAUGCCAAAAUGAGCCCUCGUGCUGGAACUGCAGCAACUGGAUCCCCAGGAAGACCAAGCCCAACAAACUUCACUCAAACUAGCCAUGGCUGUGAAGGCCUAUUUGAUCUUUCUAAUAAGUCAUCUUCAGUUGUUAACAAAUGUGAUCAACCUGAAGAAAGCUUUACAGCAUUCAGGCCUGUGAGGAAAAGUACAGACCAAUCUCCUCUGACUAUAUCAAAGGAAGACAGAGGAAAUUCUCCAAGAAGUAGUGACAUUGCUAAUGAAAAUGAAAAUGUACAGCAUGGAAGUGAUAGCAAUGAGGAUCCUUUGUCCAGUUCUGAAGACGAUUCAGGGAUCACACCACUUAAUCUUUCCAAGAAACCAGAUGCAAACCUUACUGAUGUACAUAUAUAUACAAGCACUCUCCAAACAGAGAACCAGAACUGCACGGAACUGCAGGAAAUGCCUUUGAACCUUUCAGUGAAGGACAACUAUCAUGUAAAUUCAUCUCUCCAGAGCUUACCAUAUGAAACUAAAGAUCAUAACCCUCUAAAAGCUGAAAAUAAAGAUUUGGGGACUGAAAUAUGUAACCCUAAGAAUCAAACAGAGAAAGGCUCCUUCAGUCAGUCUCUUACUGUGAUGCCUAUAAAAGAAGUGCAGGAACCGAGGACAAUUGAGAGCUGUGAUGAGCAGAAACAGACUGCAGCUGUUGCUCUCUGUCAGUUGGCUGCCUACAGUCCAAGUACUGCUCAAAAAGAGAGCGCAGAGAAAAGUAAUCAAGACAGUGGUUCCCGGUAUGCAGAUUCCAUCCCUGAACCAUCAGAAACCCAGAAUAAUCAUUGCAGUCAAAAAACAAAAGGACAAAAAAGGACAAAUCACAGAGAAGCAACAAAACAACAGCAAGGAACCAAGAGAGCACGAACAAAUGAAUGCAGUCGAGUAUUCACUCUGAGAAAGAGAACGAGGGUAUUAUAAUAUUGUUCCACCAAAGACACAAUAGAAUCCAUAUGUACACUAGAAAGCUAAACAAUUUUUUCAGUAUCAAUUUUUUUUAGUUUGCAGACUCAUUUAUUCCAUUUAGUUGAACUAUGUAAAUAUUAAAAUGUCUUUAAAAUUGUAUAUAUGUUUUAAAGUAACUGAAAUCUCUCAUAAUUAUAUCUUUUUUUAAGUAAACAUUCAAAUGUAAAACUGAAGCUAAAUAAUUUCUUAAAUGCACUAUUUUUAGAAACAAGUUUCUUAAAUGCACUAUUGGGAAAACAUUUUAUUCUAAAGUUAUAGCCUGUAGAAGCACAAAUAUCUGAUUCCUGAUAUAAGAGUGUUCUAUUCUGUCUCUUAAUUUUUAAAUCUUUUUGUUUUUUGUUGUUCAGUGUACUUUUGUUGUUUUAUCAACAUUUUAAGAAUGAAAAUUUCCAAUUGCUUAAGCUUAGCGUUAUUGAAUUCUGAUUGAUAAUAUACUGAAGCACUCGUAUUAAACCUUACUAAAA